GAUUAUGUCCAUUCUGUCAGCAAACCAUGGCUGCGACAGUUGUUGGGGAUCCUCCUUCGCUCGCUGUCGCCUCUUCCCGGCCGUCGGGGGAUGCCGACUCGGGGUCCCCUCACAUAGCGGCGCUGAUCCUGGCUCGAGGCGGCAGCAAAGGGAUCCCGCUGAAGAACAUUAAGCUCUUGGCUGGCGUCCCGCUGAUUGGCUGGGUAUUGAGGGCAGCCCUGGACUCCGGCGCCUUCCAGAGUGUAUGGAUUUCCACAGAUCACGAUGAAAUUGAGAAAAUUGCCAAGCAGUUUGGAGCUCAGGUUCACCGGAGGACCUCGGAAGUGUCUAAAGAUUCUUCUACCUCUUUGGAUACCAUUGUGGAGUUUCUCCAAUAUCACGAGGAGGUUGACGUCGUAGGAAACAUUCAAGCAACUUCCCCUUGCCUGCAUCCCACCGACCUCAUCAAAGUGGUCAAAAUGAUCCGUGAGGAUGGCUUUGACUCAGUCUUUUCAGUCGUGCGGCGGCACCAGUUCAGAUGGAGUGAAGUUAAAAGAGGAG